AUGUGCACCUGGGCGAACAACUGCAUCGCCCAUCCUGGCAACACUUCAGCAAAGAACUCCUUUUUCAGUAGUUUCGCUUUUUUCAAAACUUGCGGCUGGGAUGAGGGAUAUUUCCGCUCGCGUUUGCGGAAAGAGUGCGCAGCGAUCAACCGCUGCAGGGCAGAGAUUGGGAUCUACAUGAACGC